UUGUCGUGACUGAAAUUCCUUGCUCUGUUUGCAGACUUGUUGAUUCAGCCCACGAUAACGUAUUGAUUUUCCAAAAGGGAAAAUGCGCAUUGGGAAAUCAGGCAACCGAUAACUGUCAGUCUACAAUAUGCUUUUGUCGUAAACACAGCAAACAAGAACCGGAAAUGGAGGAUUUACUAUUGAAUAUCGUGAAGGAAGCCACAGGCUCCAAACUGACGAACUUGAAACAAAGGGCACAAGAAGCACAUGAUUUGCUGGCAGCACAAAAUAAUCUGAUGAGGAAUUCUUCGCACGAACUGAGGUCUAUUUGUUUUGUACCUCUUAAAAUAUCUCUGGAGAGCAAGCGAAGCAAACUGGUUUCCUUAGCUUUGACUGGGCUGAAUAAAAUAAUACGCGAUGAAAGAUUUCAAUCAGGCACAGAACCAGAAGACGAUUCCCUAUGGCUUCCAGCUCAGCUACUACUUGCAACUUCGUCUAUGCUGUCGCAAUGCGAAGACACUCAGGUCCAAAUUUUGAGGGUGGUUUUGAAUUUGGCCUGCUUAGCCAGCUGGGCUCUCAACGGAAGAUUAGUCAUGUUGAUGUUGAGUAGAUGCGGAGAAGCAUACGAAUCUGGAACGCAACCAGUCAGAGCGGCUGCUCAAGCGGCAGCGAGUCAGACAUUGACUGCAUUUUGCACUUUUCUUGGUAAUUUGAAUACCUUUCGAUUGAUUUUUUGCAGCAUUGGUAUCCAGGUGGUGCGUCUUGUUGGAAGAGAAAGACCUCUGAGACCAGUAUUAGAGGCUUUGUUCCAUAGAAUGUUGCUAUUACCCAACCCUCAAAAAAGACUAGAACCCUUGAGGGCUGCAAGAGAGCUUCUGAGAUCUCCAGGACGACUGGCAGAUCUUCUAUUACUGAGUGGACCAAUUCAAAGACACGCAGGUGACGAUAUGGCAAUUAUAAGACUGAUAAUGGACUCAAUAGAAGAAUGUUCGCAGUGUAAUGAUACCGGUGUCUUACUAGCUAGUGUAGAAUGCGUAGCUGCCCUUUUGGGCUCCCUAGAAUCCCUUUGUAGAGGGGAAGGCCUGAACCAAGAAGCAGCAGAUUUGACCAAUACGCGAUAUACAUCUUUGGAGCAGGUGGAUUAUUCUGGACCACUUACAUAUCAGUCGCUAGCUAGAUUACCAAAACCUUACAGAGAUGUUGUGGCGAACCUGAAAUACCAAAGCGAUUCAGAUAGCAGCGGCAUAGAAGGAAACAUCCCCGAAGUAGAAGGAGGAACGGAAUCUGAUUGCUCCGGGGCUACUGAAGGCCCUGAAGAUGGUACAUUAUCGGACGACAGUAUUGUUGAUGAUGAUACCUUCUUAACGAAUCAACAGUUACAGAAAUUGUACAAAUUACCAAAAUCCUUGAAUUUGGGCCGUACAGGAGUUGACGAAUGCAAUACCGAUGUAGAGAGACACAACGCUAGGCAUUUCGUGAAGACCCUCCAACAUGUGUUGCUGCCGAAUUUAAUGUCACUCAGAUCUUCUAUACAGGUAGAUGAGAUGUUGCAAGAAUUUGCUUCAAAGUGUUGCCAACACAACUCCGCACAAAACUACGAAAUCUCCACCAUAAUGAACGCUGAUGGUGUAUACUUAGCAACUUAUUCUGCGUUACUGUUGGAUCUGAGGCUCAUUCAGGCUGGGCAGUAUGAAGAAAGCGAUGUCCAGGUACCUGUUCCCAUUACUGAGAACCAGUUCGUGGAAGAAAUUCAUGGAAGUGGUGUUCUGGUGUACGUCUCGGCUACAUGGUUAUGCGAGCUUUACCAAAAUGUCCUGGCUAAAUCCCUGCUAUUAACCGCUGGUUACGACCCGAAAGGUAGUCACCAACCGUCUUUGAUAAAUUUGCUCACAGACGUUGGUGGUCUCUGCCCUACACAGCUCUUAUCGGAUUGGCAAAAGCUCCAAAAGGUCCAUGGAACACCAGAAACCAGUCCUGAGGCUGAAGCAGGAAUUAAAUUGUCUAGAAGGGUAUUGACUUGCUGUUGGAACUCCGUGGUUUCGGUACUUGGGAUGCCUCUUGGUGAAAAACCAUAUUCAAAUGGAACGUCAGCAUUAAGCAGGCUAGUAGCGAGAAGGGCCAGACAGAAGUAUCGUCAGAAAUUGAGAGACGAUAUCAUCACAGCUAGUCUCGAAGGCCUGCAUAAAGCAGCUAGUUUGAGCAACACUCUUAAAUUACAGUCACGGAGUAGUAGUAUUCUGGCGCUACUGUCUGCGUCCUCUUGUAAAAACCAAGGAUCGAAACUUCUGGCAUCUCAUGCAUUGUCUCUGGAUGUACUCUUAUCAAAAGAUGAGGAAUGCCAGGAAAUUUUGCAGCAACAACAAAAGCACAAAAAUUCAGGAAGUAGUGCUGAAAUGGUUUAUACAAAAACCUCAGCCGUUGCUUGUUUCAAUGAGGCCAUUCCUGUAAUGCAAUACAUAUGCAGUAAAUUGGAAGAAACCAAAUCCAUUGGUAUCCAGGUGGUGCGACUUGUUGGAAGAGAAAGACCUCUGAGACCAGUAUUAGAGGCUUUGUUCCAUAGAAUGUUGCUAUUACCCAACCCUCAAAAAAGACUAGAACCCUUGAGGGCUGCAAGAGAGCUUCUGAGAUCUCCAGGACGACUGGCAGAUCUUCUAUUACUGAGUGGACCAAUUCAAAGACACGCAGGUGACGAUAUGGCAAUUAUAAGACUGAUAAUGGACUCAAUAGAAGAAUGUUCGCAGUGUAAUGAUACCGGUGUCUUACUAGCUAGUGUAGAAUGCGUAGCCGCCCUUUUGGGCUCCCUAGAAUCCCUUUGUAGAGGGGAAG